AUGAGAAAUGAUAAAGGAGCAGAAGGGCACGGGAAGGAGAAGAAAGGGGAAGAAAAGUAUUUGCUCCCCUGGUGUGCCAGAAAACCUCCAGGUUGGUCACAACUCUUUCUGCGCUCAGCGUGUAAGGGAAACUUCACCCACAUUAUAGCCAAGAAGUGUCAGAGAAGACAGAAAAGUCAGAAGAAACCAAGACAUCUUGGACCACUAGAUGAUUCCUGGCAGGAAAGGCUGGCUGAUGUUGUGACGCCACUCUGGAGGCUGAGCUAUGAAGAACAGCUCAAGGUGAAAUUUGAAGCUCAGAAGAAAAUUUUACAGAGACUAGAAUCUUACCUACAAAUGCUCAAUAGAGUCAAUGUGACAACAGCUGCACCCAGAUCUGAGGGGCUCUGUUGUUUUCUCCAUCCUGUUAUACCUUCUCCUGUCAUCAGUGGCUACCGAAAUAAGUCCACCUUCUCUGUGAACCGAGGUCCAGAUGGCAAUCCAAAGACUGUGGGGUACUACCUGGGAACUUGGAGAGACAGGAACAUGGUCUGUGUACGGUCUAACCAUCUGAAAAACAUCCCCAGGAAACACAGUCAAGUGGCACAGUACUAUGAAGUAUUCCUUGGACAGUCCCCAUUGGAGCCCUGCCUUCUGUUUCAUGAAGGUGGGUACUGGCGUGAGCUCAUAGCCCACUCCAAUAGCCAAGGGCACACAAUGGCCAUCAUCACUUUCCAUCCCCAGGAAUUAAGACAGGAGGAGCUCUGUGUUCAGAAGGAGACUGUAAAGAGUUUUUUUACCAAAGGGCCAGGAGCAGUCUGUGACUUGACAUCACUUUACUUCCAGGAAAGCACUAUGACCUGUUGCAGCCAUCAGAAGUCCCCCUACCAGCUCCUAUCUGGGGAACCCCACAUCUUUGAAGAUCUCCUGGGGUUGAAGAUCCGCACCUCUCCAGAUACCUUUUUCCAGGUUAACACUUCUGGUGCAGAGAUACUGUAUCGGACUGUGGGGGAGCUGAGUGGAGUGAACUCUAACACCAUCCUCCUUGACAUCUGCUGUGUAACUGGUGUGAUUGGCCUCUCUCUGGCUCAGUAUACCUUCUAGGUCCUUGGGAUUGAGUUGGUGGAGCAGGCGGUAGAGGAUGCCAGGUGGACUGCAGCCUUCAAUGGCAUCACCAACUGUGAAUUCCACACCCGUAGAGCAGAGAAGAUUUUGCCACAGCUACUAAAGUCAAAGGAAGAUGGGCAGUUAAUUGUUGCUGUAGUGUACCCAGCCCAGGCGGGACUGCAUAAGGAUGACUAG